AUGAAGCUGGCGCGGCUAUUUUCUCCUAGACGGCGUGUCCUGCAGCUAGGACUCAAACUGCUGCAGCGCAUUAGUUUGUGGGGUGAUAACCAUCGAUUCAAGUAUACAUACGUUCUACUGUCGAGUUUCAUCGCCAUAACUUGGCUCAUUCCGAAGAUCAUUUUUGGAUCUGGCAAGGAUGGUUUUGAGUCUUUUCUAAGGAACAUCGCCGAGAUUUUUUUUCUAACCGAGAACUUUAUCGCGCUUGGCUGUUUUGUUUUGCGACGUCGGUCAUUCGAACGGCUGGUUGAUGUUCUAGAACGCAUCUUCAACCGUCACUGGCCGGAUGCUUUGCGGGUGGAGAUUGAUGCGAUCAUUCAGGAGCUGGAGAAGGCUUCCAGGUCUUAUGCAACUUAUAUGUCCACAAUGUUGGUCAUCUUUGUAGUCAGUCCAGUGUUAUUUACGGUUAUGAAAAUAGUUCUGUGGGAAGAAGCAGAACGGGGCGAUUUUGUGCUGAUUAACGAGACACAAUUCUACUGGCUGGAUGUUCGUCGUAACUCAGUGCAUUAUUGUAUAUUCACUACGCUCUGUUUUGUGGCAUCGAGCUGUUCGGCAUACAUUCUAACCCUUAAGGGAUCACUCUUCCAAGUGAUAAUACGGUACGGUUACAGAUUGUUUGAGCUUGUGACGAAAAGAAUUGCCUCGAUGGCGCAGUUGGACCAAGUUGAUGAACGAAGGGCAGAACUACGGGAAAUUAUACAGCUUCAUCAGAUGGCGUUGGAAUAUCUUGAGCAUCUGGAGAGUACCAUGAGUUUCAUCUUGUUGAACCAAACCUUGAGCUGUUUGUUAGUUUGGUGUCUGAUGUUGUUCUAUGUUUCAUCGAACUUUGGACUGGACGCUGCAAACGUGUUGAUAUUGUUUAUUGUGCUGCUGGUGGAAAUGUAUGUUUUCUGUAAAAAUGGCACAAUCCUUAGUGAGAAGGCCGCAGAAGUUGCAAAUGCUAUUUAUUUCUACGAUUGGUACAUGGACCCCGUUGAUUUGCAGCAAAAAAUAUUGUUGAUAAUCCAACAGGCCCAAAAACCUACCGGAAUAACUGCGGCUAGGUUCUACUAUAUCAACAUUCAAAGGUUCGGUGCGACGGCCCAAGCUACGUACUCAUAUUAUUUGAUUCUAAAAAAUAGAUUCUAGAAUGGUAAUAUUCAGGUAUAACCGAAGAGUUUCAUACAUUGUGAUUACAGUGAUACUCGCAAUAUUUGUUAAAAUAUUUUCAUUAUUCUGAUGCAUUGCUGUUUUUCGAAAUCGAAACGAAAAUCAUAGUUGGAUGCUACUUCGAUUUGGCUUCGUUCCGGUUUCUCCGAUGGUUCGGAAAACUCGGGGUGAAAACUCUGUCAGUUUCAAUUAAUUUCAGUAUUAAUUUAAGUAACAAC